AUGCCACCUUCGCGGAUAACAACAAUCCUCCUCUCUCCACACACCGUCCCUCCGCAACCAUUCCAUCGCAUGAUUCGCAUCACAGCCCAACCACUCCGACCAAAAGUCCGCCCACUCCCCCGAAACCGAAACCGAAACCGCAAAGUCCACCCCUUCACAACAAGCACACAAACCCGCGCCCGCGAGCCAAACUUCUACGAAAUCCUCGACAUCCCCCCAACAGCCUCAGCAGCGGAAAUCAAAAAACAAUUCUACGCCCUCUCAAUGCGCCACCACCCAGACCGAAACCGCGACGACCCAAACGCCAGCCAACGUUUCGCCCGCAUCUCAGCAGCCUACAACGUCCUCGGCGACGCCUCAAAACGCUCAUCCUACGAUCGCGAUCACGGCUUCAACCGGCCUCCACCUACUCAUACCCACCAGAACCCGCGCGGCAGUCACAGUAGCUAUGCCGGCUCCCGGCCGGCUAGCGGACUAAGUAAGCGGCGGUCGGCGUUCCAUGGGCCGCCGCCGAGUUUCUAUGAGCAGGGUGGGUAUGGGGGGACGGGACGGCGGGGGCAGGGGUUUGCAGCUGGCACUGGAACUGGAACUGGGACUGGGGAAGGGGGAAAGAAUACGGAUCCGGAGGAUUGGGAGGGGUUUAUUAGGCGGAAUCCGUUGGGGCAUUUUAAUGCGCGGGAGCAUUUUCGGACGCAGGUUAAGGAGGAUGCGAGGAGGAGGGAGAGAAGGAGGAGAGAGGGGAGGAGGAGGCUUGAUGAGGAGGUUGGGUCUUCUGGGCCGGUGAGGGAUCAGAGUUUUGCGAGGUUUUUUCUUACUUCGGGGGUUCUGGUUGUUACGUUUGUUGUGGGGAAUCUUUGGAGGUCGGCUCCUAAGGAGGUUGAGGGGAAGAAGGGGAGGAGGGAGACGGAGGUUGCAUCUUCUUCAUAG